CUGCUGUCCCUCUCCGGACGUUCGGUCCUCUCCCCGGGCACCUCUCCCGCCCGGCCCCUCGGCGCUGGGGCGGUUAGCGGGCCGCGGGGCGAUGUUGGGUCUGGGCCCGUGGUUCGUGGUGGGCCCUCUGAUGGUGGCCCUGCUGGGCCCGGCGCUGGUGCUGACCCUGUGCGGGCCGCGCCACAGCCGGGCCCUGCUCCGCGACCUGGCCUUCUUCGUGGGCCUGGUGCGGGCCGGCCGGCGCCUGAGGGGCUACGGGCGGCGAAGGCCCGUCCGCACCUUGCUCGACGCCCUGCGGGAGUGGGCCGCAAGGGAGCCGGGCCGGCCGUUCGUGCGGUUCGGCGAGGACACUCUGACCUUCGGCCAGGUCGAGGCCCUGAGCAACCGCGCGGCCCGGGCCCUCCGCCUCCGCCUGGGCCUCCGCCAAGGCCGCCCUGCGGCCCUGUUCCUCCAAAACGGGCCCCACUACGUGUGGCUCUGGCUCGGCGUGGCCAAACUGGGCUGCCCCCUCGCCUGCCUCAACCACCACAGCCGACGGCAGGCCCUCGUCCACUGCUUCCAGGCCAGCGGGGCCCAAAUCCUGCUCGCCGACCCCGAGCUCCACGGAGCCGUGGAGGAGGUGCUUCCCAGUCUGGGGAAAGACGUUUCUGUUUACUACAUCAGCCGGACUUCCCCGACGGAAGGCGUGGACACUUUUUUGGACAAGGUGGAUGAAGCUUCCGACGAGACGAUCCCCGAAUCCUGGAGGUCCGAUGUCACUUUCAAGACCCCCGCCUUGUACAUCUACACCUCAGGCACCACAGGUCUCCCCAAGGCGGCCACGAUCAACCAUCAGCGCCUCUGGAUGGCCAUUGGCCUGUUUGAAAUGAGCGGCGUGACCAGCGAGGACGUGGUCUACACCCCUCUACCUCUGUACCACAGUGCUGCCCUCAUGGUCGGAGUCCACGGCUGCCUGGCCAAAGGUGCCACUCUAGUGCUGAGGUCCAAAUUUUCUGCCAGCAACUUCUGGGACGACUGCCGCAAGUAUCACGUGACGGUCAUCCAGUACAUUGGGGAGAUCCUCCGCUACCUGUGUCAGCUCCCAGAGAGACCCGAUGACCAGAGCCACAACGUGAGGAUGGCCCUGGGCAACGGCCUGCGUGGCGACGUCUGGAGGGAGUUCAUCCGGAGAUUUGGAAACAUCCGCAUCUGCGAGUUCUACGCCUCCACGGAGGGGAAUAUUGGCUUUAUGAACUACACGGGCAAAGUUGGCGCGGUGGGGAGAAUGAACUUCUUACAUAAGAAAGCUCUCUCUUACGAACUGAUUAAAUACGACGUAGAGAAGGAUGAACCCGUCCGAGGUGCCAAUGGAUUCUGCAUCAAGGUCCCCAAAGGUGAAGUUGGGCUCCUGAUCUGCAGGAUCUCGCAGUUGACCCCUUUCAGUGGCUACGUGGGGGCGAAGGCCCAGACGGAGAAGAAGAUAUUGCGAGACGUCUUCAAGGAAGGGGACGUUUACUUCAACAGCGGGGACCUCUUACAGAUCAGCCGCGAUAACUUCAUUUACUUCCACGACAGAGUGGGAGACACUUUUCGGUGGAAAGGAGAAAACGUGGCCACCACGGAGGUAGCGGACAUUUUGGGCCUGGUGGACUUUAUCCAAGAAGCUAACGUGUACGGCGUGUCCAUUCCAGGCCACGAGGGUCGGAUUGGGAUGGCGUCCAUCCGCCUGAAGCAGGACCAGGAGUUUGAGGCGAGAAAACUGUACAAGCAUGUCACGGACUACCUUCCUGGCUACGCCAGGCCUCACUUCAUCCGGAUUCAGAACGUCAUCGAGGUCACCGGGACCUUCAAGCACCGCAAAGUGGUCCUAGUGGAAGAGGGCUUCAAUCCCAGCCUUAUCUCGGACCCCUUGUACUUUCUGGACAACCAGAAGAAGGCCUAUGAAGUUUUGACAGAGGACCUCUACAAUAACAUCUGCAACAACCGCGUGAAACUCUGAGCCCCUUCCCCGCCUGGAAAACCGGCUGUUCCCAAGGAAGCCGAUCCCCCCCAUCCCCGUGACCCCAGGAGGAACUCACCUGUAUCCCGCUUCCAUUCGCAUCCGCCAUCUUCCCGGCUGGGUUUUUAUCUAAUUAAAAGUUACCGCCAAAGGAUUUGGCGAGGGGAUA